AUGAGCAGCAGCGCCCUGCCCGUCUUCACCGGCAGCAGCGCCCUGCCCGUCGCGUCGGGCCGUCGCCCCGCCGAGUGGGAGAACCCAGAGUGCUUCGGCAUCGGCAGAGAGGAGGCGCGCGCGUCGCACUGCGCAGCGGAGAGCAGGGAGGCGGCGCUCGCCGGCAGAGCACAGAGCGGUCGAUAUCUCUCGCUCAACGGAAGGUGGCACUUCCGUUGGUCCGAGAGUGCGCCCGCCAACGGUGUGCCGUCGGGAGACUUCGCCGCGCCGACCUUUGACGACAGCGGCUGGGGCGAGAUCGAGGUGCCCGGCAACUGGGAGCUGCAGGGCCACGGGUUUCCAAUCUACACAAACGUGCAGUACCCGUUCGAGCACAACCCGCCCGCGAUCGCGUACAAGGGCCGCGAGCCCGGCGCGCGCUACAACCCGUGCGGCGAGUACCGCACCGCCGUCGACAUGCCUUGGGACCCCGCGGCCGGCCCAGUCUAUCUCCACCUCGGCGCUGUCACAUCGGCGGUGUACGUCUGGGUCAACGGGGCGGAGGUGGGCUACUCGCAGGACUCGAAGCUGCCCGUCGAGUUCGACAUCACGCGCCACGUCUCGCGCGGCGAGAGCUGCCUCAUCGCCCUAUUUGUCCUCUGCUGGUGCGACGGUGCAUACCUCGAGGACCAAGACAUGUGGUGGCUCGCCGGCAUCACGCGCGACGUCUACCUCUACUCGCGGCCGUCGCUGCACGUGCGCGACUUCGCUGUCCGCACACGCAUCGACGCCGUCGGCGACGGCUUUGGCGCAGGCCUAGUCGAGGGCACAGACCUCGCCGCGCCGCCCGUCGCCGCCGCGAGGGUGAGCGCGCCGCUGUGCCGGGCGGGCGGCAAGGUCGGCGCUUUGGUGCACGCGGCGCUGCGGGUGCCGGCGGGGCAGGCUCUCCCGUGGAGCGCCGAGACGCCGUCGCUGUACACUCUGCUGCUGACGCUGCGCGACGCGGCCGGGUCCGUGGUGGAGGUGCUCGCGCAGCGGGUUGGCGAGCGAUGCCUAGACGCGGAACACGGACCUCUGCACGUUCCGACUAGCAUUCGAGAGGACGCGUGGUUCGACAGCCCUCUGCACGAGCACCACCCUGAGACGGGGCACGUGGUGUCGGACGAGUCGAUGCUGCGCGACGUGCGGCUGAUGAAGGACCUCAACUUCAACACGGUGCGCACCUCGCACUACCCGAACGCGGAGCGCUGGUACGAGCUGUGCGACGAGCUCGGCCUCUACGUCAUCGACGAGGCAAACAUCGAGUCGCACGGCAUGGGGUUCGAGCCGAAGCACACGCUCGCGGCGCGGCCGGACUUCCGCGAGGCGCACGUCGAGCGCGUCCGCCGCGUGUGCGAGCGCGACAAGAACCACCCGAGCGUGAUCGUCUGGUCGCUCGGCAAUGAGGCCGGCAACGGGCCCGCCUUCCACGCGGCCUACGCGUACCUCAAGCGGCGCGACCCUUCGCGACCCGUGCAGUACGAGAACGCGCGCCUCGAGCCGGGCUGGUCGACGGAGCAGCUCGAGACGAUCGACGUCGGCACGGACCUGUAUGUGCCGAUGUACCCCUCGCCCGCCAAGCUGGAGCUAUACGCGCAGCGGCACGAGCUCGACCCGCGCGCGCUCCCGCUCGUGAGCCUAGAAGGGGAAGACGUGCUCUUGCUCGUGAUGUGCGAGUACUCACACGCGAUGGGCAACUCGUGCGGCGGUCUGGCCGCGUACUGGGCCGUCAUCCGCCGCCACGGCGUGCUGCAGGGCGGCUGCAUCUGGGACUGGGUGGACCAGGGGCUAACGCUCGCGGGCGGCGUCUGCGGCGCUGAGCGCUUCGGCUACGGCGGCGACUUUGGCCCCGACGGCACGCCCUCGGACGAGGCGUUCUGCAUCAACGGCCUCGUGCAGCCCGACCGGCGUCCAAACCCGCACGCGCACGAGGCAAAGUACUGCCAGCAGCCGAUCGGCGUGGAGGGCGUCAGCGCCGGCCCGCUGCACGCCGCCGUGCGCGUGCACAACCGGCACGACUUCCUCCCCCUCUCUCCCGGCACCUUCUCGUCGGAGUGGCUCCUGCUCGAGGACGGCUGCCCGCGCGCUCGUGUCAGCUCGCCGCUACUCCUGGUGGCUGGCUCCGUCGAGCUCGAGGUGGCGCACUCCUCCUGCGAGCACCUCGAGGCCGCCGCCGUCGCCGGCGCGGAGCGCCACCUUGAGCUGCGCUUCCGGCGCGCGAGCGACGGCCACGAAGCGGUGCACGUCGUCGGAAGCGCGCUGACGCCGUCGCUCUGGCGGCCGCUCAACGACAACGAGCUCGGUGCGUGUGCGCACGUGCGGCUGCGCCGCUUCCGCACCGCCGGCCGGCCGAGCCGCGGCGGCCACCACGCGCUGCUGCAGCCGCUGCGCGUGGACGACGUGGCCGGCGGCGUGGAGGUGGAGGCGCACGCGGCGCUGCUGUCGGACGGCGAGCUCUGCCUCACCACCACCUGCCUCGUGCGGCCCGACGGCGCCGUCGAGCUGUGCUACGGCGACGUCGUCUCGCUGACGGCGCACACCAACCACUACUUGGGCGUGCGCGGCGGCGAGGUGGUCGCCUCCGGCCGGCGGCAGGGCGAGUUUGGCCCGCUCGCGCCUUCCGCCGCGGAGAGCUGGAGCGUCGAGCCCGCCGACGGGCGCGGCCAGCCGGGCGAGCGCGUCGUCUCGGGCGGGCGCGUCGCGCUGCGCUGCGUCGACGGCGGCGGCUUCCUGGGCGGGCGGCGCGGCGAGGCGGCCGACAGCCCGCUGGCAUGCGCCGAGAGCGCGGCAGUGUGGGAGAUCCGGGCUGGCGAGCGCGCCGCCCCGCUGCGCGUCGGGUUCGUCGCGGCGCUGACGCGCGCGGCUGCGAGCCGCGUCCGGUGGCACGGGCUAGGCCCACACGAGAGCUACCCGGACCGGAUGGCGGGGGCGCGCGUCGGAGUGUGGGACGGCAGCGUGGCCGCACAGACGCACAGGUACUGCCGCCCGCAGGAGAAUGGCAACAAGAUGGGCACGCGCUGGAUGGCGCUCAGUGACGCCGCCGGCUCGGCGGGGCUGCUCGUCGUCUCGCGGCGGGGCGCGCCGCUGCCGAUGCAGUGCCACCACUUUGCGCUCGACGACUUCGACGUGCGGCCCGGCUCGGCGGUGCCCGAGGUGCGGCACGGGGGCUCGCUGCAGGAGGCGCCGUGGACGACGCUCUGCAUCGACGGCGCGCACGCCGGCGUCGGCGGCAUCGACUCGUGGGGCUCGCAGCCGCUGCCGCAGCACCGGCUCUCGCUCGAGCAGCCGGUGGAGUGGGCGUUUGCGCUGCGCCCCUUCAGCCCGGAGGAGGAGGUGGCGCUGCCGGACCUGGUGAGGGCGCUGGCGUGA